GAGCCAGCACCUCCUUGACAUCACUCUUAACAUCGAGUCAGAGCAUCUGCAUUUGUCUAAGACGCGAUCCCCUUACUCGACAAACAUGUCGAAUUCCGAGGUGAAUUAUGAAGGGUCUCUAGAUGGACAGGAACACGGACGAGAUGAUGGCGACAAGAAACCCCAAAGCAGAAGGCCGGCAAAUACUGCUUUCAGACAACAACGGCUGAAGGCAUGGCAGCCGAUUUUAACACCUAAGAGCGUUCUACCAUUGUUUUUCAUUGUUGGGAUCAUAUUUGCACCAAUUGGUGGUCUUCUAUUGUGGGCAAGUUCUGAAGUUCAAGAAAUUGUCAUAGAUUACACCGAUUGUUCUGACAAGGCACCACUAUACCCGACUGCACCCGCCACCUUCAGCAAUGUUCAUUCUUACUUUAAAUCCUCUAAACAAACUUCUGCUGCUACAUGGCAGCGCAGACUUGUGAACGUCACAUUUGAUGAUUCAUUGGAGAUCCCGACCAACCGUUGCUCUAUCUUCUUUGAGCUACCAGACAGCAUAGGGCCGCCUGUGUACCUGUACUAUCGCCUGACGAAUUUCUAUCAAAACCAUCGGAGAUACGUUCAGUCUUUGGAUCUUGAGCAGUUGAAAGGCGAAGCUCUUGAUAACAGCAGUAUCUCGGGCAGCUCUUGCGAUCCACUCAGAUUAGACCCAGUUACUGGGAAAGCAUACUACCCGUGUGGUCUUAUAGCCAAUUCUCUCUUCAAUGAUUCGAUCCAUAGCCCUGAGCUAGUCAAUAAUGGGACAUACGUCAUGACAAACAAGGGCAUCGCCUGGGAAAGCGACAAAGACCUGAUUAAGAAGACACAGUAUAAGCCUGAUCAAGUCGUUCCCCCACCGAACUGGCACAAGCGUUACCCCAACGGAUACACCGAAGAGAAUCUCCCAAAUCUUCACGAAAAUGAAGAAUUUAUGGUUUGGAUGAGAACAGCCGGAUUACCCAAUUUUAGCAAGCUUGCUCGAAGGAAUGAUACUACAGCUAUGCAGGCUGGUAAUUACCAGUUGGAUAUUGACGACUAUUUCCCAGUUACGGAGUAUGGUGGCACUAAACAGAUUCUUAUUUCCACUCGCACUGUCAUGGGUGGACGAAAUCCCUUCAUGGGCAUUGCUUACGUGGUUGUGGGUGGACUCUGCAUCGUCCUAGGUGCUCUUUUCACUGUUGCCUACCUAAUAAAGCCAAGGAAACUUGGGGACCAUACUUAUUUGACUUGGAAUAAUGAUCAUCAAAGCACGGCUGUUGCAACAGGACGCGAUGAUAGAUUUGGAGGCCAUGCGUCCUAGUUUGACAAUUUGAGGCUGACUUUUUCAUACUGUGAGGACUUGUUUGAAUUGGGGAUUGAUCAUUAUGUUCGACAUUAUUAUUCGGUAGUGUCACGGAGUUCUUGCCUUGACUGGGAGUAUUUGCUAUUUUUUUCUAUACUGGAGUGUAUUCUAUCUGCUGAUGUUUUUCAUUAGUCAUGUCUAUAUGUUAACAAUUAUAUCUCCUUAUUAGAAUCUCAUUUGCUUUCCGCCUGGUAUUUAUUGAUCUCCAGGUGUUUACAUAUAUAUCUUCAUUCACCUUUGUUGGUGUCUGCCACAUUAUUGGAUAGGGACAGUACAUGAAGUACCUUGGUAAGUAAAUUGACCGAAUACUAUUUAUGAUUUAUACAUCUAAUUGUGGUGG